AUGCCAAAGUCCAAACGAUCGACCGUGGUAUCGCUGACACAGACCGAGAAGAAGGGUCGUGAAGGAAAGGAGAAGUUGAUCGAGGAGGUGCAAGCUGCUGUCGAUCGGUACGAUUACCUUUGGCUUUACUCUGUCAAGGAUAUGCGCAACACAUUUUUAAAGGAGAUCCGAAACGACUUUAAGACAUCUCGCUUCUUUUAUGGCAAGAACCGUGUUAUGGCAAAGGCAUUGGGCAACACAGUUGAGGAAGAAUACAAGCCUGGAUUAUCCAAGAUUGCCAAGGAGUUGCACAGUGAAGUGGGUCUGUUAUUCACCAACGAGCCAUACGAUGUCGUUGUUCAGUAUUUCCAAAGCUACACACAACCUGAUUAUGCUCGCUCAGGAUCAAUUGCCACACAAACUAUCAGCUUACCGGAAGGUCCAGUACAACGUGGUGUAGACCCUAUGCCUCACAACAUGGAACCUCUUCUUCGUCAAUUGGGUAUGCCUACCACUCUCAAGAACGGUAUUGUCACCUUACCCGUCCCUUACACCAUUUGCCGAGAAGGCGAAACACUUUCCACCAGCCAGGCACAUCUUUUGAAAUUGUUUUAUCAUCAACUUGCAGAAUUCCGGGUGCAGCUCAUUUGCUGUUAUCACAAUGGCGAGGUCAAAGAACUCUAG